GACCCAGCAUUCGACGCCGUGCUGACACAGCCGUCGGGGUGCCACGGCGUGCUACCGCGCGUCCACGGCGUUGCUAGUACGACGGUAACCUUGGUGAUACGGCGCUCUAUGCCUCCGUCUUGGUGGUGCUGAGGGUAAGACGGAAUGGUAGGUGAAGGACUGAAGGGGAACGCACAGGCAGCCUGCUCUGUAUCUGCGCAGAGCCGGUCCCUGCCAGUGCGGCAGUGCCAACCGACUACCGACCUCGAUCUUCUUGGAUCCUCGCUCCAUCUCAUCUGCGUCUGUUUCUUCCGUUGCUCCCGACAUCGAUCAAGCAAGCUUCCUCCUCCGUUGCUGUUCGGUCAGGAAGGCUGCAUCUGUGAGGCAGCAGCAAUGGUGGCGCCGACCUCCACAAGACAGCCUCUGCAGAUUGCUUUGACGCCGAACAACGUUCUUAUACUAGGUACCUUUGCAGGGCAUCUGAGAUCUGCUGCAGUUAGAAUGGCAUAUUUUGCUAAGAAGCAAACUAUGACUGCCACGCCUUUAUCAUCUAGUUUGGAGGAGGCAAAAAGAAAUGAGCCUGUUGUCAAAAUGUGUGGUAUCACAUCUGCCAGGGAUGCUGAAAUGGCUGCAGAGGCUGGUGCUAAACUUAUUGGGAUGAUUCUUUGGCCCAACUCCAAACGCUCAGUCCCAUUAUCCGAGGCCAAGGAGAUAUCCAGAGUAGCCAAAUCUUAUGGGGCUGAACCAGUUGGUGUGUUUGUCGAUGAUGAUGAAGGGACCAUCUUGAGAGCAUCCAGUUCAUGUGACCUUGAACUUAUCCAGCUUCAUGGAGAUAGCUCCCGAGAACUACUUCCCGUGCUUUGGAAGAAUAACCGAAUUAUAUAUGUGCUAAAUGCUGAUGAGGAUGGUAAACUAAUCAAUGCUCCUCCAAGUGAAGAGUAUGUUGUCGACUGGUUUUUAGUGGACAGUGCAAGGGGUGGCAGUGGCAAAGGGUUCAACUGGGAGAAAUUCAGAAUGCCAUCUGCUGAAAGCAAGAACGGCUGGCUAUUAGCAGGAGGCCUUCACGCAGAUAAUGUUUGCCAAGCUGCUUCUGCUCUAAAUCCAAAUGGCCUGGAUGUUAGCAGUGGCAUAUGUUAUCCUGACGGUUUACGGAAAGACCCUAAUAGAAUACAUUCCUUCAUGAGCAGUGUAAAAAGGUUGAGUGUCCGAUAAACUGAAAGUGUACCAACUGCUCUCUGUAUCAUGGUUUCUUGGUCCAGUAUCUGCAAAUUAAAUAAAUGACAUUCCUUAAAUAAUGAAAAUAAGUGGCCACUAGAGGCCAUAAUAUGAUAUCA